GCUCGGCAAAUUUUUUUUGUCAGUAAUUUUUAAUAAAAUUUUGUUAUAUGUUUUCUGGAUUGAUAGGAAUUCUCAUUUCCUGGCUAGUUAUGUUGGUGUCCGCGUCAUGUAAUCUGACUGCGACACACUUAGCAUAUUGGUUGUAAUGAUUAGUGUUUCAUGCUGAAUGCGUCAAAACAUCUCUACAAUGAAGAAGAUGGGGUAGUUGGGGGAAGCUGCAGCUUUCGACAUAGUGUCAUUCAAUGAAGACUACCUCAAAAUGUGGCUAUUUUCGUGUGAAGAACAGUACUAUUUUACAAAAGAAUGCUAUCAGUACAUGGGAAUCACCUAUAAAUGCCAACAGAACAUAAAACCAAUGUGUAAACGAACGGCUACGGAACUGCAAUCCAACAUAACCGACUAACAUGGACGGAAAUGACCUUUGAUUGUCUCACUCCAUCAAUGACCUUGAGCAUGCGGGAUAAUUUCAGCCAAUAAAUCCAGCCGUUAAAAAGAUAUUGGAUUAGUCGUUAUUUUGAAGUAGCUCGCUACUGUAGCCUUUGUUGUUUCCAAGAUGGCUGUAGGGGAUAAUCAGGAUUCAUCUAGAAACAAUUCUGAAACUACGAGUAACGUAGAAAAAAUGGACUGUGACCAAGAUGAUCAGAGUAUGCUCUUGGCAAUGGUAAUAAAUAUACCAACACCUCCUGGACCACAAUGUUACUGUAUGAUGCCACGUGAUUAUAACAGACCGGAUUUUCAGUGUAGCGUCUGUUAUAAGUGGUUUCACCUGGAAUGUAUUGCUUUCAACAUAGGGAAAGCUUUACCAUUUCUUACUGCAUACCACUUCAUGUGUAAAAGGUGCAAUGCUAUUGGAGAGGAGGUUUUUUCUAGGAAGCAGGCUAAUUUUACCGUUAUGUGUCAAACGGCUUUGGCAAAUUUAAUGCUGAGGCAUGGUGGUCGUUUAUACUUUAUGGAAACUAAGGAACUCAUACCAUUUCUUGAGGAAUGUUGGGAAGAACUCACAACACAGCCAAGAAAGUCCAAUAAUUCCUGGUAUCCGAACAUCCAUAAAACUUUGACUAGUAGUGAUGUUUUCAAAACUGUAGAAACGCCAGACGAUCUUUACGUGUGCUUAUCAAAUACGGACCUCACAAAAAUUGGUCCGAGUUAUGAUCGAUUUCGUGCUCUUACAAGCCAGUUGCGGACGAAUAUUACUAAACUGGGUGUCCCGUCCGCAAACAUUCCCACCAAUGUGUCGCAAAAUCAGUCUUCUUUGUCGGGGGCUAGCUUUGAUGCUGUAGAUCAGUUCCUGCAUCAUUCGUCAACUGGCAACCAGUUUCCUUUCAAUGGUGAAACUGAUGUUGUGGAUCAACCUACUUGGCGUAAACGCAGAUCUCCAGGUAGUGGUUUAUUCGGUGGAAUGGGCACUUUUUCUGUAACAUCUUUUAUGCCUGGCGCAUCUUUAGAAGGUAAAAUUUCUACUGAAGUUUCAACGUUCCCUGGUAUGAGAGCUUCUGCGUCAUCCAAUGAAGUAAAUAAUGCUUCUCCAAGUGGCUUGGUGCGUUCAACCCGCCGAGCUACUUCAGCAUCUGUUCUUGGUGGGACUACCGCAUUGAGUGGAGCUGCAGUUUCUGAUGAAGGACGUGUAAAGUUGAAUGCUUUGGGGUUCCCAAUAGAUCAUGCGCUAAAUAGAGAGGGAUAUCGUUACAUUUUAGUUGAACCAGACAAGCAUGCUCCUGGUCGAGAGCAGUGGGAUGAAUGUGAAUUCACAGCUGGAAAGCCCAUACCUGGCUUAUUUUACCGUGUGUUUAUAUGUUCACAAGUGGUCUUGUCUCUGAGUGAUCGUGCGAAUCACUUGAAAGUACACGAAUCUCAGUUAUCAGUUACUGGUGAUAAAGGCUACUGUAUGUGUCGAGCCACUCACAGCGUUCACUCGGGUACCUGGUAUUUUGAAGCAACCAUCACAGAACAACCAGAAGGUUCUGCAACUCGAAUCGGCUGGUCUCAAAUGUAUGGUAACUUACAAGCACCUUGUGGUUUUGACAAAUUUAGCUAUUCCUGGCGUUCACGUCUUGGCACUGUAUUUCAUGAAUCUCACGGUAAACACUAUACGAAUGGUGGAUAUAAAAAGGAUGAUGUCAUUGGCUGUUUAAUUCAUUUGCCGUCAACAGUUGGCCCUUUCACACCGAUAGAAAACCAAGCGUCAAAACCUCCCACACCUCAAUUGAAUCCAUUUUCUCCCAUUAUGGAUGACCUUCAUGCUAGCAUAACUGGUACGCUUAAGUCAAUGAAUUCAAUGAUGAAUUGUAGUAAUAAUAAUUCACCUGCACCUACUUUUCUUCCUGAAACUUACAAAGACCGUCCUUUGAUCAGGUUUCGGAGUUCCUUCUACUUUGAAGAAAAAGAUGAUCCAAGUAAAGCUGAGAAAUCACUGCAUCCACUGCCGGAUAGUAAGAUUGUAUUUUAUCGUAAUGGCGAGUGUAUGGGGACAGCUUUCACGAAUAUCUACGCGGGUAGUUAUUAUCCAGCAAUAUCAAUAUUCAGGGCAGCCACAGUUUCUGUCAAUUUUGGUCCAUCCUUCAAAUAUCCCCCAAAUGAUUUUCCAGACUGGCAACCGAUGUCCGCUCGUGUUGUAAGCGCUUCUGUUGAACAGACUCUUGCAGAUUUGAUUUAUUUAGUAGAAAAAGAAGGAUUUGUUGAAAGUACAAUCAAUUCAUGUGUUCCGAGACUGCGUUAACAGCUUAGAGAGAGAGAAAUUAUUGCCAUUAUUGCUUUAUUAUAAAUUAUAUAUGUAUAUAUAUUCCAUCUUCUAUUUUGACAAACAACACAUUUUGUACCUUGAAUUCAUCAUCCGUCCCGUGAAUAACGCACUGAAUGUGAAGUACACUCAUGUCAGGUGUUUGCAUUAUUUUCAUUCGCAAACUCUCAUGAGUUUAUUUACAAUUAACUUUUUGCUGUAUAUUAUUAUUAUUAUUGUUAUUAUUUGGAUCUUCGUGACGC